AUGGAAAACUUGAUGUUUCAUGCAUCAAUCUUCUCUUUGAUUGUUCUUCUGAGCUACUGUUUUCUGAGAGUGUUUUACACCAUCUGGUGGAAACCAAAAUUGCUUGAGAAGUCCUUAAAACGGCAAGGAAUCAAGGGCACUCCCUACAAGCCAUUUAUUGGAGACAUGAAAGAGUAUAUCAAGCAAAUAACUGAAGCCUGGUCCAAGCCAAUCAAUCUGUCCCAUCAGAUUGCGAGACGUGUAGAUCCAUUCACUCGUAAUGUUGUCCAACAAUACGGAAAGAUAUCUUUCUUUUGGGUUGGAAAGACACCUAGGCUGAUUAUCAUGGAUCCAGAGUUGAUUAAAGAAGUGCUCUCUAAUAAGGAAGGUCACAUUCAAAAGCCAAAAUUAAACCCCCUCAUACUGAUUUUAACAAGAGGAUUAACAACUCUAGAAGGUGAAAAGUGGGCAGCACACCGGAGAAUAAUCAAUCCCGCUUUCCACUUGGAACAGCUCAAGGGGAUGAUACCGAUAUUUUUAAGUAGCUCUGCUAUGUUGAUAGAGAAAUGGAAGAAAACAGUUUCUUGUGGAGGAACUUUUGAGAUUGAUAUCUGGCCGGAAUUUCAAGAACUUACAGGAGAUAUUAUAUCUCGGGCUGCAUUUGGAAGCAACUAUGACGAAGGAAAGAAAAUCUUGAAACUUCAAAAAGAGUUGCAAAAGCUAGUCAUUGAAGCCAUGCAAACCUUGUACAUUCCUGGUUUCAGAUUUAUUCCUACAAAGAAGAACAGAAGAAGGAAAAAUUUGGACAAAAAGAUCACAUCAAUGCUGAGAGCAUUGAUCGAGAGAAUGGAAAACAAGAUGAAACCAAGAGAAACCAAUGACCACAACUUGCUAAGUCUACUACUGCAAUCUAAUGAUCGAGGUAAAGGGAUUGACGCAAAGAGCAAUUAUAUGAACAUGGAAGAGAUAAUUGAAGAGAGCAAGCUUUUUUACCUUGCUGGUCAUGAAACAACCUCGUCCUGGCUAACGUGGACAAUGGUUGUAUUGGCGAUGCACCCAAACUGGCAACAGAAGGCAAGGAAAGAAGUUCAGCAAAUAUGUGGAGACAAGGAUCCUGAUAUUGAGGCCAUAAGACACCUUAAAACUGUAACUAUGAUUCUCUAUGAAGUUCUAAGAAGCGCAUUCACAAAAUCUCAAGCAUACAAACUCACAUUACAGUCUUCCAAAUUGACACUACGGAUGUAA